UCGUCGGACGAACGACAACGGACCGGGACGACUGUUUAUGUAAACUUUCUGUCAAGUGCAUUGUGUUUGGAACUAGUUAACAUCGCGUAAAAUAACAAUUGACGUUCUACUUUCGCAAUUAAAACUAUUGUGUCGUGCAACUUCCUACUAUAACGUGGAAUUUUUAGAUAACAUAAACUACAAUCAGUCCGUUAUUACAUCUGCCUGUGCAGCGAAGUGUUUUGAAAAAAAAAACAACAAGACUGUUGUUUGAUGUGAUGUUUAUUCGUUUUUCAAAAUAACAAAAUGGUUGAUAAAUAUCUGCGUUAGCUGUGUCGUUUAUUAAACUAACUAAAAUAGUUUGAAUAAAAUAAUUGGUGCCAAUAAAAAUGUAUUAUGCCGUGUCGAAAUGAUAUCUGCAAAGAACAGAGUGCAAGAAAUCAAGAGUAAAUUCGAGAAUUUGAACAGCAGCGAGAAUAUACCUAACAAACGGGUUGAUAAUCAAUUAUUUCUCCAUAAAAAUGGUUUUACAAAUAGUUACGGGAAGGAAAACAGUGAACAUAUCGAAUAUGAGCUAUCGGACAAAGUUGGCAUCGACAAUGAAUCAGAGAGCGACGAUUGGACACCGAAACCCAACUCCAGCUAUUUGUACAAUAAAAACGAAGUGAAGCGGAGUAUUAGUGACACGAAAAAUUCGCUCUCUCGUCAGUCGAGUGAUCCUGGCAAGAAAUUACACAGGAGUCAUGCUUUCCGCUGCGACAGAAGCCAGAAAAUAGCCAACAGUCCGAAACGACACGGGAGUUGUAACGGUAGGUCUGAAACCAGUGAUUUUUCAUUCAAAAUGGAACGUAAAUUGAGUAAAGAUAGACUUAAAAGGCUCGGGAACUUCUUAGAAGAGCAGAUGAGGAAGGAGAAUUAUGUGCCACAACUGCAAUAUGCUGAAAUUGUUGGUGAGGUCAAAGAUAGUGAGCAGUUUGACUCUAUACCUGACUCUGAAGUCCCUCAGCAUAUCCUAGACCAGUAUGCCAUUGUUGUGAAGCCUAAGAGGCAGGAACGGGAGAAGCAGGAAGCCAUGACAGACAGUGGAGUGAGCUCAGAGACUGAAAAUGUCGAAGAAGACAAGAAUGGGAGAAUAAAACGACUUCUAUCUCAAUUUGAGAAGUCUCCUGAGAAAACUCAUUUAACAAAUCUUCAGGCAAUGGAUGACUUAUGUGAUUCCAGUGAAACUAUACGCUUGGAGCGUAAAAAUCCCCAUUUAAAACUAACAGACACUCUAAAAAAGGCUUUAAAACAGCCUCUGCCAGCGGGACCACCGCCAGCAAAGCCGCCCCGAGUCCUGAAACCUCAAAGUCCUCAACCAACUCCGGAAGCAACUGAAGAACAGAAAAAAGAAGCAAAACGAAUGCUCGAAAAGCUGGAACUGGUCUUACAAAAGCGAGAAGGGACAGUAGAAACUCCGAAAAAGCCAAAAGAAAUUCACUACUUAUGUACGGAGAUAUUAGACAUUACGAACAGAACAUUGCUACCAAAUCAGACAUCCGACCCGAUCUCCCGUUGCCUGAACUCUCUCAACUGUGCCAUAACCAACAACUCUACGUCUAGCCUCCCAUAUACUCGACUAAAGACUGACGAUGAUACUCGAAACCUGUGUUGUGCGUGUACUAGUGAGAAUAAAGAUCCGAAGUGGCCAAAUAAGUGUCUGCGGUGUUCCGAUGAGGAUAACAAAGAUGGUCGGUUCAAAUGCCAUGUGAACUGUGUGUGUGAUGUGAAAAAUUCUAAGUUUUAUGUGGAAAAUGAACAUAUAUAUGAUGUGCCGUGCAUGGAUGAGGAUGAUCCGAAGCAUACAUAUGGUACAAUCAAUACGUUGAAGAGUUGCAAAAGUAUGGAGGAGUUACGGACCAAGAAAUCUGAGGACCCGAAAAUCUACGACAUCCCAUACGAACCAAUGAUGAGACCACCGACUCCAGAAAUCGCACUACUAUCACCAAAACCCAUCACGGAAACACCAGAAACAGUCCAGAACGCUCCAAAAACCGAUUUCGCAAAACUGCGCCAAAAUUUCGAAAAUGGUUUCCCUAUUUCGGACGCCAAAAAGCCGACACCCAUAAAACCGAAGCCUAUUUUGGUUUCGAAGUUUAAACAUGGGAAAUCUAUAGAGAAUUUGAAUGGGGAGUUCUUGAGGAACCCUGGGAAGUACCAUACUGAUCAUCGGAGAUAUAGAAAUAAGUCUGAUAUGGGGAUUAGUUUUACGUUGCCAAAAAGGGACACCCAGUUGGAUUUGGACAGGGAAAAUCUCAACGAUCUCAUGAACGAGCUGUUCGAGACCGUCACAGCUGUAUGCAAUAUGGACGACAAUAAGCCUGGCAGUUUCCCAACAGAGAACUCAGAUGGCAGCACUAGCGAGGAAUCAGUAAAACUAACAAGAAGUUUGACAGAAAAAAGAAAGAACUACGUCCGUAGAGUAUCGACGAGGGUCGCCUACUUAGACCCAAAGAACAUCAAGAGAUUCAGACAUCAGACCUCAAUCUGCUCAUAUAAAUCCGAAGUUAUUGACAACCCCUAUUCCACCUUCAGAUCUUGGAAAAGCUUCAGAACCUCCCAAGGAAAUAUAACAAAUAUUACCAAGAUGGAUGCCGCUUCGAAAUUCAAUUUGACAGAUGCUGACGGCAAUGUAUUGUCUAUGAAAGACGUGUUAGAUGCCAGUUCGGAUAGCAUAGACAAUAUGAGCAUAGAUGAAAAGGCUGGGUGCAUAGAUUUGCCUUUUGAGCCUAGAGAAAGGGGGCUUUUUAAUCUGUGUUUAUUGGUUGGACUGAAUCAUAUGACUGGACAAGCGUAUGUUAAAAGCGUAUUUCCUAGUCAGGUACAAGUGCCACCCCACAUAGAGAACCUGGUCUUCCCGGAGACGAUGAGUUCAUCACCUCGCAGCGAGUGGUCUGUGGACGCUCGGAGCUUGCAGUGUUACUCGCUCGUACUCACAGACGAGCGCGGCGAGCGGGCUUAUGGUUAUUGUCGCCGCGUGCUACCAGAGGGCGCUACCACGUGUCUACCACUCUGCUAUUGUUUGAUAGGUCGCUAUAGAGCGCCUGGCUUCUAUUAUAAGGUACUAGAAGAAAUAGAAUCACACCACGGCAGCUCAGACGUCGAAAUCCACUCAAUACUACAACAGCUAUUUGAAACAGAUUUCCCAAACCCGGGCGAGGAAAUCACAAUCAACUACGCCAAGAACAACGAUUACGACAUCCCCGGUGAUUAUGAAUCCCCGGACGGUGAUUAUAGUCUACCGAGCGGUGAAUAUAAUGUGUCCCCGAAAAGUAAAACUUUGCCGGAUCUGAGGAGGGAGGAGAAAAAUGAAAUUGCUAAUUUUUACGAUUUAGAAAAUAACAAUGGCGUUAAGAAUUUUAAUUCUAGCUUUGAUAUGCCUAGAACGAAAAUUAUAAAGCGACCGAUAGAACCACGCGUGGACGAGGACAACAUGUCAGUGUUGCUGGACUUGUUGGGCGCUGGACUAGUCAUCAAGGUGUUCGGGUCUCUACUGCUGGAGAGGAAGGUCAUCAUCAUUGGAGACCAGCUCAGAUCAGUGUCAUCCUGCGUAGAAGCUCUACAAGCCUCCCUAUACCCGUUCGUAUGGCAGCAGCCCCUAAUAUCGUCCAUCCCCAUGGAGAUACAGCGCGAGGUACUAGAGGCCCCGCUGCCUAUCCUCGCGGGUAUGCUACACCCGCCGCACGAUUCAGACCUCAGUUCCGUCGUUUUUGAAGAGGGUAUGCUAAUAGACCUCACGCACCCAUCAAAGGUCCUCUACUACCAAGGAGACGAAUCCACUAUUUUACCAACUUCAUGCUAUAAAACUCUAAAAACUGCGCUACAAAUGGAAACGAGCAAGAACAAAGAUCGGGAACAAGACAUAAGAACAAGAAAUCUAAUGAUAUCCGAAGCGUUUUUGAGAUUUUUCGUCGAUAUACUUGGUGAUUUCUGGCGUUUCUUCCACUUGGGAGAGGUUAAGGAUGGCGAUUUGGGCCGCAACGGUGUUGUUUUUGAUAAGGAAUCAUUCAUAAAAAGCUCAACGUCGAAACAGAACCAGUACUUCCUAGAAUGGUUCACGGAAACAGCCAUGUUCACGCACUUCAUACAGAAUAUGUCGUCGAUAUACAACUCGAAAAUCAACCCGAAUUCAACUCCAGACCUCGUGGAUACUCCUUUACCGAAUUAUUACGGAUUAUUCGACGAAAGAGUAAGAAGUCGGAAUAAGUCGGCAAGUAAGUCGGUAGAUAGUUCUAAGAGUAAUUAUAAGAAUGCUGUCAAUAAGAAGGUUAAAUUUCUCAAAAGUAAACUCAGGGAUUUGGUCGCGUAAAGUGUAGUUCUGUGUUUUUGUUUUUGUGUUAAAUGGGACUCGUAAGUGGUGAAAAGUGGGUGUAACAUUGUAUUA